AUGAUAAAAAUUCAAAGUUUUUCAGCUCAAGAUAUUCGAAAAUUACUUAAUAAAAGUCAUAAAUCUGAAGAAGUACCUUUAAUGGAACUUAUUCAAUACACAUGUUAUGUCAAGGAACAGAAGAUUAUAUGUAAAUCAGUUCGUAGAUUUAACAAGAAAAACAUUAUUGAAGUUACAGGUUUGAAAAUAUGA